CGAGCUUCGGCGCAGCGCCGGCAAGCUGGACCGUCUGGUCGAAGCCCUCGAGAACGAUCCGGUCGACGGCGACUACGGCCUCGGCCACACGCGGUGGGCGACGCACGGCCGGCCCACCGAGGGGAGAACGCGCACCCCCACCGGGACUGCACCGGGCGCAUCGUCGUCGUGCACAACGGCAUCAUCGAGAACUACCUGGAGCUGAAGCACGCGCUCGAGGCCGAGGGCCACCGGUUCGCGACGGAGACCGACACCGAGGUCGUCGCCCAUCUCGUCGAGUGCGAAUGGCGCGGGGACGGGCUCGAGGCGGCGGUCCGCCGGGCCCUCGCGCGGAUACGCGGGCUGUUCGCGCUGGUGCUGCUGGCGACCGACGAUCCGCAGAAGCUGGUGGCGGUUCGCCAGGGUCCGCCGAUUCUGGUGGUCGAGAGCGAGGGAGGUUGUCUCGUCGCGUCGGACGUCCCCGCGAUUCUCAGCCACAGCCGGGACGUCGUGUUUCUCGGCAACCGCGAGAUGGCCGUCAUCACCCCCGGCGGCGUGACCUAUACCGAUUUCACGGGUGCGCCGGUCGCCGCCACCACCCAGCGCAUCAACUGGGACCCGGUGAUGGCGGAGAAGGCCGGCUACCGGCACUUCAUGCUGAAGGAGAUCUUCGAGCAGCCGUGGGCGGCCCGCGAAACGGUGCUCGGGCGCACCUCGCUGGAGUCCGGCCAGGUCUUCCUCGGCGAGCUGGACAUCCCGAUCGAACGGCUCCGGGCCGUCACCCGCGUGGUCAUCCUGGCCUGCGGUACGUCCUGGCACGCCGCCCUCGUGGGCAAGUUCCUGAUCGAGCGGCUCGCGACGGUGCCGGUGGAGGUGGACUACGGUUCCGAGUACCGGUACCGGGACCCCAUCGUGACGCCGACGACGCUCACGGUGGUCAUCACGCAGUCCGGCGAGACCGCCGAUACGCUCGCCGCGCUUCGCGAGGCCCGCGACCGCGGCGCCGCGACCAUCGCCAUCUGCAACGUCGUCGGCAGCAUGGCCACCCGCGAGGCCGAUUUCACCGUCUACACCCACGCCGGACCGGAGAUCGGGGUCGCGUCGACCAAGGCGUUCACCUCGCAGCUCGUGGCCCUGCAUCUGCUGGCCCUCUAUCUGGCCCAGAUCCGCGAGACGCUUCCGGCGGAGGCCGCGCGCCGGCACCUGGAAGACCUGAACCACCUGCCGCGCUGGCUCGAGCAGACCCUGCAAUGCGAGGACGCCGUGAAGUCGGUGGCGCAACGGUUCCACCAGCACCGGAGCUUCCUGUAUCUCGGGCGCGGCAUCAACUAUCCGAUCGCCCUGGAGGGCGCGCUGAAGCUCAAGGAAAUCUCCUACAUCCACGCCGAGGGAUACCCGGCGGGCGAGAUGAAGCACGGCCCGAUCGCCCUCGUCGACGAGCAGAUGCCGGUCGUGACCCUGCUCCCGGACGGCUCCGUCUUCGAGAAGAUGGCGUCCAACCUGCAGCAGGUCAAGGCGCGCGGCGGCCCGAUCAUCGCGGUGGCCGACGACCGCCCGCGGGACCUCGGGGCCUUGAUAGAUUCGAGUCUGGACGCACUCGUCACCCGUACCGGCGACACCCCCGCUGAUCACGCCGAUCGUCAUGGUGAUUCCGCUUCAACUGCUGGCGUACCACAUCGCCGUCCGUCGCGGCUGCGACGUCGACCAGCCGCGCAAUCUCGCCAAGAGCGUGACGGUGGAGUGACCCGGGCGGCUGCCGUCGCGCGAAUCCUGUAG